AUGUCCCUGCCUGCGUAUCGACACCUCUGGCGCGCCGCGAGGAUUGCCUUCAACGGUGACGACCGAGUACUCACAGCUGCAAGGCAGCAGAUCCGUCAAGGCUUCAGGGACCAAGCUAGCCUCGCACCAACAAGCCUGGCUUACGGCCAAGCUAUCCAAAAAGCCGAGGACAUCGCCAAGAUCCUCAGGGAAAACGUCGUUCAGGGUAAACAAGAUGAAUCUAGCACAUAUAAGUUGCGUAUUCACAAGGACACUGAGCGGGGCGACAACGAUUCUGUCAAGAUAGCCGGCAGGGGCAAGACAACGACCAUGGGCGGGUGCGGCUGCAGUUAA